AUGUUCAACCUCACGUUCAAACUCAAAGUUGAACCUUCAAGUACAACCUUCAAGUACAUCCUCCAAGUUAAUUUUCAAGUUCAAACUGCAAGUUCAACCUUCAAGUUCGACCUUCAAGUUGAACCUUCAAGUAUUACUUCAGGUUCAAACUUCAAAUUCAACCUUCAAGUUCAACCUCCAAGUUCAAACUUCAAGUUCAACCUUCAAGUUCAAUUUUCAAGUUUAACCUUCAAGUACAACCUUCAAGUUCAACCUUCAAGUUUACCUCCAAGUUCAACCUUCAGAAUUGAACUCCAAGUUCAACCUCCAAGUUCAACCUCCAAGUUCAACGUCAAGUUCAUACUUCAAGUUCAACCUUCAAGAUCAUCCUUCCAGUUCAAACUUCGAGUUGAACCUUCAAGUUCAACCUUCAAGUUCAAACUUCAAGUUCGACCUUCAAGUUCAACCUUCAAGUUCGAACUCCAAGUUCAACCUUCAAGUUCAAACUUCGAGUUGAACCUUCAAGUUCAACCCCCACGUUCGAACUCCAAUUUCAACCUUCAAGUUGAACCUUUAAGUACAACCUUCAAGUUCAACCUUCAAGUUUACCUUCAAGUUCAACUUACAAGUGGAACCUUCAAGUUGAACCUUCAAGUUGAACCCUCAAGUUCAACCUUCAAGUUCAACCUUCAAGUUCUACCUUGA